CAAUAUGUCACAUGCAAUUAAGAGAGAGAAGAUAAAAAGAAAGAAAAGAAUGCAUUCUCCAUCUCCAUUAGUGGUGAUUUUUGGUUUAGCUUAUGGAAUAUUGAUUGGAGGAUGGUUUGCAAAUGGGCAGUUGAGUUCAACAUUUUAUGACCAAACCUGCCCAUAUGCCUCUUGCAUUAUACGUGAAGUCAUUAAGCAGGCCUUGGAAUCUGAUCCCAGGAUUGGUGCUAGUCUCAUCAGGCUUCAUUUCCAUGACUGCUUUGUAAAUGGCUGUGAUGGAUCAAUUUUGUUGGACAAUAGUCCCACUAUACAGAGUGAAAAAGAAGCUAUUGCAAAUAACAACUCUGCCAGAGGUUUUGAUGUUGUUGAUACAAUGAAGGCCAAGUUGGAGAGUAUUUGUCCUGCCACUGUUUCUUGUGCUGAUAUACUCACUAUUGCAGCUCAACAAUCUGUUUCUUUGGCAGAAGGUCCCUCAUGGACUAAUCUAUUAGGAAGAAGAGACAGCACAACAGCAAACAGAACUCUAGCAAAUCUUAACAUUCCAAGUCCCUUUGACACUCUUGAUGGGCUCAAAUUCAAGUUUACCAAUGUAGGCCUCGACAACAACACCGAUCUGGUUGCUCUCUCUGGUGCUCACACAUUUGGAAGAGCUCAAUGUCGAACUUUCUCAAAUCGAUUAUACGACUUCAACAACACUGGUCUUCCAGACCCAACAUUGAACACAACGUAUCUGCAAACACUUCGCCAAAUAUGCCCACAGGGUGGAAAUGGGAGUGUAAUAACCAAUCUUGAUUUCACAACACCUAAUGCAUUUGAUAAUAACUAUUUCUCUAAUCUUCUAUCCAACGAAGGCCUUCUCCAGAGCGAUCAAGAACUCUUUUCAACUGCUGGGGCUGAUACUGUUGACAUUGUUAACAAUUUUAGUGAAAAUCAGAGUGCUUUCUUUGAAAGCUUUGUGGAAUCCAUGAUCAGUAUGGGAAAUCUUAGCGUUUUAACAGGAACUGAUGGGGAGAUCAGGUUGAAUUGCAGAGUAGUUAAUGGCAAUUCAACCACAGAUGAUAGUCUUCUUGUGAGCUCAAUAUGAUUUAAUGACUGCUAUAUAUAGAUAAUAGGCAUGUAUGCAAAUUAAGUGCAUGUAAUAAAAAUAUAUACUGGACCAGUAGCCUCCAUGGGCAGUCAGAAAAUCACAACCAUGCCUAUUUGCAAAUGAUGAAAGUAUUAAUUUAUGAUGAAA